AUGGCUGCUAUAGCUGGAGAGGUAGAUCUGACUGGCGAUCAAACGUUUCAGGUAUUGAUUGUAGACAACAAUGACCCCAUGCUUCCAACUAAAAGACGUAUCAGAACAUCGCUUUCAAUAUUCCGAGCCUAUCUUCUCGAAAAGGACCUGGAUCAGAGCAUAGAGGAGGCUUACUCUUCAGAGCAACUGAACAAUUUGUUGACAAAUUUCUAUCUGGAGAUGAAGAAAGCUGACGGUCAGCAUUAUGCUGGGACGUCCGUGAUAUCGAUCCGUUACGGUCUGCAGAAACAUUUUCUGGAGUUAAGAAAUGAAGAUAUUGUCCGUAACGAAAAUUAUUCAACUUCCAAUAAAAUGUUUAAGGAGGUGUUAACUAAACUGAAGAAGGAGGGCUUGGAGUUUCCUAAACAGAGAAUUUCUAUUCAUCCUGAUGACGUAGCAAAACUGUAUAAAACAGUGUUCUCAGCAGAUACCCCAAAAGGGCUCCAGCAAAAGACUAUUUUUGAGUUUAUUUACUAUUUCUGUGAUAGAGGCCGCGAGCACUUGAGGAGAGUACGAAAAGAUGAUUUCACAUUCUGCAGGGAUGCAUCUGGGAGGGAAUAUGUGACUGUUAAAGAGAGAUACACAAAAAAGAAAAGUCGGGAUAAACAGGGGAAAACAAUCAUGCCAGUCAGAAUGUAUGACCACCCAGGUGAUCCCAUGUGCCCAGUGGCAUCUUUCAAGAAAUAUUUGAUGAAAUUGAACCCAAUAAACCCCUACUUUUGGCAGCGACCAAGAAGAAUCUGCUACCAUUCUGAUUCGAUAUGGUAUGAAAAUUCAGCAUUGGGAAAAAAUACGUUGUCUGCACUAAUGAUGAAUUUGAGUGCGGAAGCCAAACUUAGCAAGAAAUAUAGCAAUAGUUGUAUAAGGGCCACCUAUAUCCCAACACUUGACAUCCAGCCAGAGGAGCCUUGUGUAAUGUCAGCAAUCGUUGGCUGUGAAAUUGACCAAUCAGUUAACAGUUCUACAUUAAUAGCAAACAAGAAAUGUGAGGAACCAGACAUUCAGUGCAAAAACCCUCCAAUGAAAACGUUCAGAAAUGAUGCACCAGCUUCAUCUGAUCUGGGUCACCAAGACUCUUGUGUGAAUUGUCAUUAUGAGACAGGUAUCCCUAUCAGGAAUGAGUAUAGAAAUAUUUUGAUUGGAGAAGCAGCUAUUGCCUGGAAGCAGCUGAUUGGACGAUUUAACUGGCUUCCUGACAGCGAGAUAGCCAAACAUCUAGUUGAGGUGCAUGAAGUUUACUGUAUGAGCAAGGGCUUUUGUCCUCUGGAAAGAAAACAUGACACACAGGACUCUGGUUCCAUCUACAGAACAAGGAAAUCAGAUGUGAUUACAACAAGAGAAUCGGAAGAAAAAGAAGACAUGUCACUGCAGCUAGAGGUUGAAGAAGCAGUUGAUUCUGUUGAUGAUGAUUCCAGUUGUGACAGUGACCUUGACCUUCAAAGUGAAGAGGAAAUUGAAGUCAAAGAAGAACCAAUAUACACCAUAGAUAACAACUCACAAAAUCCUGGAUCCGCCCAACAAGCAGAAAACAGAGUCCCUCAUACAAACCAGGAAUCAGUGAUUUCAGGGGGAGAUAACCUCUUCCACACAUCCACAGUAGUGAAACAAGAACCUGUUGAUAGUUAUUCAGAUGUUAUGAAUACUGCAGUGACAAAUGUGAAUUCCAGUGCUUCUUUCAAACUGGCAUCUUCUGGAGCCCUAAGUAUACCUCCAUCUGUGACAAGUGACCCAGCUAUGAGAAGUUCAUUCACAUCUUCAAAUAUUGAUGGAAGUCCAUCAACUCAUUUUCAGAACUCAGUGGGUUCUCUUCAAGUGAUAGGAAAUCAAACUGUAAACACAAAGACUAGUGUAAAUGUGGCUCAAACACCACUACUAUCCACACUGAUAACAAAACGGACUCUAAACUCAGGUACAAUAGAAGCAAAUCAAGUUCAAAGGUCACUACCUCUCAGAUUAAACUCUGCACAGGGUGUAAUAAAUGUAAAUCCACAGACUGACUUAUCUAGCUCAGGGCAAAGAGGAAGUACCUUGUACAUACAAAGAGGGAACACUCCAAACUCAGUUCUAGUCCGUCCCCAGAAUUCUGGGUUAUUCCAACCAGCGACACUUAAUCUGCUCACUACAUCAGAGAUACAAAGUUCUCCUGGAAGAGAGGGUUUCAGAGUCCUACCAAAUUUAGGUCAACCUUCCUUUAUUCCUUGUCAACCUGUAUUCACCUCCCCUGCUUCAGCAUUUUCAUUGAUAAAAGGAGGACAAGAGACUUCAUCUGCAUCAAGUAAAACAUUAAUAAAAAAAGAACAGCAGACUUCCCCUGCAUCAGGUGUGAUAUUUGUAAAUGGAAGACAGCAUGUUUCACCUUCUAAAAAUGUGACAUUGAUAACAGGAGGGCAGCAAAUUUUACCUGCUUCAGGUGUGAUAAAAGGAGGACAUCAAGCUUCACCUGUCUCAGGUGUAGGAGGACAGCAUAUUUCACCUGCUUCAGGUGUGACAUUGAUAAAAGGAGGACAACAAGCUGCACCUGUCUCAGGUGUAGGAGGACAGCAUGUUUCACCUGCUUCAGGUGUGACAUUGAUAAAAGGAGGACAACAAGCUGCACCUGUCUCAGGUGUAGGAGGACAGCAUGUUUCACCUGCUUCAGGUGUGACAUUGAUAAAAGGAGGACAGCAAGCUUCACCUGUCUCAGGUGUAGGAGGACAGCAUGUUUCACCUGCUUCAGGUGUGACAUUGAUAAAAGGAGGACAACAAGCUUCACCUGUCUCAGGUGUAGGAGGACAGCAAGCUUCACCUGUCUCAGGUGUAGGAGGACAGCAUAUUUCACCUGCUUCAGGUGUGACAUUGAUAAAAGGAGGACAGCAAGCUUCACCUGUCUCAGGUGUAGGAGGACAUCAAGCUUCACCUGUCUCAGGUGUAGGAGGACAGCAUAUUUCACCUGCUUCAGGUGUGACAUUGAUAAAAGGAGGACAGCAAGCUUCACCUGUCUCAGGUGUAGGAGGACAUCAAGCUUCACCUGUCUCAGGUGUAGGAGGACAGCAUAUUUCACCUGCUUCAGGUGUGACAUUGAUAAAAGGAGGACAACAAGCUUCACCUGUCUCAGGUGUAGGAGGACAUCAAGCUGCACCUGUCUCAGGUGUAGGAGGACAGCAUGUUUCACCUGCUUCAGGUGUGACAUUGAUAAAAGGAGGACAACAAGCUGCACCUGUCUCAGGUGUAGGAGGACAGCAUAUUUCACCUGCCUCAUGCCUUUUAUUGUUAACAGGAGACCAGCAGGCUUCACCUUCCCCAGGCAUUCUAAUAAUAAAGGGAGAAGAGCAGACUUCAUCGUGUUCAUUUGGUUUGGAUUCACAAACUGGACUUCAGCAGGUGGAAAAUGGUCAAGAACAAAUAGAAAAGGUAUAG